AUGAAGUUCACGCUCAAGAUCAUUUCCGUUCUCACUUUAGCCGUUUCCGCAAUGGCGUUGCCCACCACCGACACGCGAGUUAUCCAACUCCGCCUCUGGGGUGAAACUGGUUGUGCCGAGAACAACAUGGGUGAGCUUGGCUUGUACCAAUCCGGCCUUGAUGAAUGUGGCACCUUUGCAGGCCCCUAUGCCAUUCAUUCUAUCACCACCUAUUACGUCGUAGCAGGUUAUGCUGCGCAAUUCUUCACCGAUUCAAAUUGCGAGGAGGGCGUCCAAAAUGUAACUGCGCCAGGAUGCCUUGACGGUGACACUGCGUUCGCCAGCUACAAGCUAGUCUCGAACUAG